UGAACAGCAUCAGUAGAGAGUGGAAUACAGGAGACCGCAGUGAGGGAGCAAGGUGCCAAGAAGAGACAGCCAGAAACACAAAGAGGACAAGUCUAGCAUUUAUUUUCUGUUUUCGACACCAUGGCUGAAGAGAAAACGUUGCUCUUAUCUUCCGUAAAUGGAUUAUAAUUUCUUUUUCCAACUCUUUCCCAUACUGCUUUCAUCCCUCCAGUGCUGCGCUUCACUGGAAUGUGCGCUGUAGCUUCUCCGGGACACAUCUGAGAAGCAGACAAGCAGUUGGAAGAGAAAAAGCCUCCGCAAUCAUUAAAAUUCCGUUUAAAAAAUCAAAAUGCCUCUGUUUUGAUGGGACAGAUUUGUCCAGACGCCUUACGCAUUUUUGGUGACUUUUGCGCAUUUUGGAGAUUUCUGCCUGUCGACUGAAAUGGGUGAUGGAAAUUGACAUUUUGUGCAUUAACAGAGGAUAAUAAGGUUUAUGAUAUUUUUUUUUACCCAAGUGCACUUGUGUUUCCGGCGAUGAUUGUGUUUUUGAUCGUCCUCUGUAUCACGGAUGGAGUGCUCUCUCAGAUACGCUACUCUGUCCCGGAGGAGGCGGACCAUGGCACUUUGGUGGGGAAUAUCGCAGAGGACCUGGGGCUGGACCUCACCAAGUUGGCUUCCCGUCGCUUCCAAGUGGUACCCAACUCUCGGACGCCGUACUUGGAGGUGAACCUGGAGAACGGCGUCUUGUUCGUUAACGAGAAAAUUGACCGGGAGCAGAUCUGCAGGCAGAGCGCCAGCUGCCAGCUCAAUAUGGAAGUGUUCUUGGAGAACCCACUGGAGCUGUUUCGGGUCGAAAUUGAGGUGGUGGACAUUAACGACAACCCACCCAGCUUCCCGGAAACAGACAUCACGGUGGAGAUCUCAGAGAGCGCCACACCGGGCACCCGUUUCCCUUUGGAGAGCGCGUUCGAUCCGGACGUGGGCUCUAACGCUUUACGCACUUAUGAUAUCACCACUAACAAUUAUUUUUAUCUAGACGUGCAGACCCAAACGGACGGAAAUAAAUUCGCGGAGCUCGUGUUAGAGAAGCCACUGGACAGGGAGCAGCAGGCGGCGCACAGGUACGUUCUAACCGCGGUUGACGGCGGUCAGCCUCCUCGGACUGGCACCGCGCUGCUUGUGGUCAAAGUAUUGGACUCCAAUGACAACGUGCCCGUGUUUGACCAGCCCGUAUACACGGUGAGCCUCUCGGAAAACGCACCGGUGGGCACGCUGGUCUUACAACUGAAUGCCACCGACCUGGACGAGGGACUAAACGGGGAAAUAGUUUAUUCGUUCAGCAAUCACAUCUCCAACCGCGUAAAGGACCUGUUCAGCAUAGACCCACGCACGGGACGCAUCGAAGUGCGCGGAGAGGUGGAUUUCGAGGAAAGCAGCCUGUAUCAAAUCUUCGUCCAGGCCAAGGAUCUAGGGCCAAACGCUGUGCCCGCUCACUGUAAAGUGCUGGUCAAAGUAACCGACGUGAAUGACAAUGCACCGGAGAUCACCUUCAGCACUGUCACAGAAUCAGUGAGUGAAAAAGCGGCUCCCGGUACCGUCAUUGCGCUGUUAAGUGUGACGGAUCGGGACGCAGAGGAGAACGGACAGAUCCACGUGGAAAUCCUCGGUGAUGUCCCGUUUAAAUUAAAAUCCUCAUUUAGGAAUUAUUUCACUAUAGUGACCGACGGCCCGUUGAACCGGGAGCAGGCGGACUCCUACUCUGUGACUGUGGUCGCGCGGGAUAAAGGCACGCCUUCACUCGCCACCAGUAAAUCUAUUCGUGUCCAGGUGUCAGAUGAGAACGAUAACGCGCCCACAUUUACGCAGCCCAUAUAUGAUGUAUAUGUGACAGAGAACAACGUGCCAGGGGCCUACAUACAUGCUGUGACCGCUCUGGACCCGGACAUUGGGCAGAAUGCGCUCAUCAGCUAUUCCAUAUUAGAGUGUGACAUACAGGGUAUGUCAGUCAAAACAUAUGUGUCAAUAAACGAAGAGACAGGAUAUCUGUAUGCACUCAGGUCCUUUGAUUAUGAGCAGCUGAAGGAUUUCACUUUCAUGGUGCAGGCCAAAGAUGCAGGCACCCCAGAGCUUUUCUCCAAUGCCACUGUCAAAGUCAUUAUUGUGGACCAGAAUGAUAAUGCCCCCCUAGUGCUGGCUCCUCUGGGAAAAAAUGGCACUGCCAAAGAGCCCCUGCCCCGCUCAGCUGAGCCUGGGUACCUGGUGACCCGCAUUGUGGCCAUGGAUGCAGAUGAUGGAGAGAAUGCUCGCUUGUCCUACAGCAUCCAGAGAGGAAAUGAAAAUGGCAUGUUCAGAAUGGACUGGAGGACAGGUGAACUCAGAACAGCAAGGCGGGUGUCAGCCAAGAGAGACCCCCACCAGCUGUACAAUCUGCUGAUUGAGGUAAGAGACCAUGGCCAGCCACCACUAUCUUCCAGUGCCAGUGUGCUGGUGAUGCUGGUGGACAGUGUGGCUGAAGGCCGCGGCAAUGGGGAGAGAGGUGGCACCACCAAGGCCAAGGAUGGCACCCUGGACCUCACCCUCAUCCUUAUUAUCGCCCUGGGCUCCGUCUCCUUCAUUUUCCUGCUGGUCAUGAUUGUCCUGGCUGUGCGUUGCCAAAAGGACAAAAAACUCAACAUUUACACCUGCCUGACCAGCGACUGCUGCCUUGGCUGCAGCUCCUGCUGCUCAAGGCAGGGCAGGGCUCGCAAGAAAAAGCUCAGCAAGUCGGAUAUCAUGCUGGUGCAAAGCGCUGUUAAUGUCAGUGGGACUGGUACAGCUCAAGUCCCCGUGGAGGAGUCGGGGAGCUUCGGCUCCCACCACCAAAACCAGAACUAUUGCUAUCAGGUAUGUUUGACUCCAGAAUCUGCCAAAACCGACCUCAUGUUCCUAAAGCCGUGUAGUCCAUCUAGGAGCACAGACACCGAUCACAAUCCAUGUGGGGCCAUAGUGACAGGGUACGCAGACCAGCAGCCUGACAUCAUAUCAAACGGCAGCAUUUUAUCAAAUGAGACCAAGCACCAGCGAGCUGAACUCAGCUACUUGGCUGACAGGCCGAGACGCGUCAACAGUUCAGCCUUCCAGGAGGCAGACCUGGUCAGCUCCAAAGACAGUGGCCAUGGAGACAGCGAGCAGGGAGACAGUGACCAUGAUGCCACCAAUCGAGGACAUUCCUCCGGUGCUGAUCUGUUCUCUAACUGCACGGAGGAGUGUAAAGCCCUGGGCCACUCCGAUCGCUGUUGGAUGCCGAGCUUUAUGCCCUCCGAUGGGCGCCAGGGCCCAGACUACCGCAGCAACCUCCAUGUGCCCGGCAUGGACUCAGUCCCAGACACAGAGCGAGGAAAAGGGUUCUCUAGCUCCUUUCGCAUGGACAUACCGGAGACUGCGUGACUUUGCACAAUCACUCCCAGAAAACCAAGGCUGUAAAAUAAAGAAAACCAUCGAGGUUUCAACCCAUUUUGUCCUCUCCUGCCCUCAUCCCUCCUCACCCAACAAAAAUUUUAAAAAAAUGUACACAUAAAUACACACAAAAUGAGGAACAGCCCCCUUAGGGAACUCAGCAUUCCCUCUUUCUGGAACUGCUUGGAGCACUGCCCAGUUUUUGGGGACAACCUACUCUCGGGAUUAGGAGACAGUUGGACAUGGAGGGGUAAGGUGGGGUGGGAUGGAUGCAGGCUGGCAGGUAAAUGGAAAGCCUUACAGGGAGAACCCCAUUGUCUCAGCAGGACUGAGAAGCUAAGAGAGGAGGAAGAAUGGGGAUGGUGGAGAGAUACAACUGGACACUGACCUCUCUCUCUCCUUUUCCAAUCUGUAUGUGCCUGUUUACAGCACUGAUGUACACAUCUUUGAGGAAAAUAAAACAAGAUGAGGACUAUAUAUGAAUGACGAAAGUCAAACCCAAACAAGAGCCACCCAGAGAAACCGCCACUGAGCCCUUUAGGCGUUUAUACACACAAAGGUAGACGCCAAAUUGUACAGGAGAAUCUUUGUGCAUUUCAAAAUGCAAUACCACUGUUUUAGAUUUUUCUAUUCUGUUCGUGUGGUCAGGUGUCUUUAUUCCAAUCUACUUCAAUCUUUGUAAGAAAAUAUUGUGGGCAGGAUAUUUUUUGUUUGUUAUAUUUUUAUAUAUAUUAUUUUUUUCAUUCUAAGUUGUUUUCAUUUUAGUUUUUUUUUUUAAUUUUUUGUUGUUACUUUCUGUUUGGUUUGUUCACUACAUUGUGGGCUUGGACAGUGUUUGGCCUACACUUUUCUAAUUCUAAGGCGUGAAGUAGUUUCUACCAUGUGUGAGAAGUGUUUACUGUACUCUUUUAAAAAGUUUCAAGCUGAAUAUAAAACUCUAUAUAUAAGUCUAUCUAUAUCUACUUGUUCUGAAAGCGUUCUAUUUGUUUGCUGGGUUCCACAUUCUGAUGCAGAGGUUUGACUGUUUUUUUUUCCCAGUGGGAGACGUAAAGAGAGACAGAACAGCCUUAGCAAAUAUAAACUCAAGUUCUCAUUGUUUGACAUUAUUUCAUCUAAUUUUUUUCCACUUUUGGAUAUUGAUACAGAUCACGUUUAUAAAUAAAAAGGAGGUAAUAAUUUAGAUUUAAGUCCAUAAUAAUUCUGUGUUAUUGUAACCAAAAAUUUAAGGGACAUUUAUAAAGAAAUAGAACAAAAACAUGAUCUAAUGCAAAGAGUGUUGUACACAGUGGAGUUGGAAACCCGUAUAAACACAUUUCUUUCUCACACAUUACAGACACAAACACACCAAUAUGCCAACAAUAAAAUGAAAAAAAUGGUGAAA